AUUUACAAAGGCAAAUCGAAAGCCCUAGAGCAGCGUAGGUUGUGUGUGAUGGGAACUCCAGAAACUUCACGGGAACCUUGCCCCGAUCGAAUCCUCGACGACGUCGGCGGCGCGUUUGGCAUGGGCGCCGUCGGUGGCUCCGCCUUCCAUUUCCUCAAGGGACUCUACAACGCUCCCAAGGGCGACCGCCUCGUCGGCGCUACCCAAGCCGUUCGCCUCAACGCGCCGCGUGUCGGCGGAAGCUUUGCCGUAUGGGGCGGCCUCUUCUCCACCUUCGACUGCAGCAUGGUUUACCUCCGCCAGAAGGAGGAUCCCUGGAACUCCAUCUUCGCCGGCGCCGCCACCGGCGGCUUCCUCUCCAUGCGACAGGGCUUAUCCGCCUCGGCGCGCUCAGCCGCGUUCGGCGGCGUCCUCUUGGCCCUCAUUGAAGGAGCCGGGAUCAUGCUCAACAAGUUCCUCAGCGCUCAGCAACAGAUGCCUGUCAUGAUCGAUGAUUCCAUGCCCGGUUACCCUCCCAACGGAUUACCGGGUCAACCCGCGAACCAACCCGUUACGGCACCGUCGGAUUCCGAAACCAAAUCGUGGCUCGGUGGGUGGUUCGGUGAAGGCAAGAAGAAUGACGAACCCGCGUCGAGUGGAGGAAGCGAGACCAAGAUUUUGGAGAGUUUUGAUGCCCCACCUGUUCCCAAUUUCGAGUACAAGUGAAAUUGGUUUCGGGUUAAAAGUCAGAGUUGCUUGUUUGAAUGGUGAAAGUCCCUGGUAAUUCUAACAGGCAACAGUAGGGUGCAAAACGAGAGUGGAACACUUUUUGAGCCUUGGAGCGUGAUGCUUCGUUUAUGAAGAGGGAAAUAAGAAGGGAAUUGUUUUAUUCUUGGUUGAUAAUGCUUUUCCAAAUCUGAUGUUUGUAGAGUUAUUUUAGAUCAUAAUUAUGUUUUACUUUGAGCAUGCCUUUUGGCUUUUAUGCAACAGCGUUUAUAGCAGUUGUAUAUGUUGGGAAUUUUUAUCAUGGAUUUUGAUUCUGUAAUUAACCUGUUCUACUUGAUAAUUUUAUUAAAAAUAAA